AUGGAUCUUAAUCGUCCUUUUCUUGUUUUAAGUCAAAUCAGUGACGGACCCAGAUAUAUUAAAUCUUUAUCAAAAAUAAAUCUUUUUCAUUUUACAGAAAUGAUCGUGCCCAACACUUUCAUUGAAAGCGAAAAUCAAAAUAAAUUUUUCGAUUGUAUGAUAUCAAGAUUUCCAAAUACAACUUUUACAAGGAUACAAAGGCGACACUUUAGCGAAACCAUCGGAAAAGAUUUAAUUAAAUUGUAUUGUUCGAAAGACAGCGAUUCGGAACUCUUACUUUUUCGGGAUAAGUUUUACGCUUUAUCAGCAGCGGGAGCUUUAAUUAAAUAUGUAGAAUUCAAAAAAAACGUACGAUUGGCUUCGCGUUCGUUAAAAGUUGAAUAUCAAGGAACGGAGGACAUAAUGAUCAUCGAUUUAGAUACCGCUAAUAGAUUGGAAUUAACAAUGUGUGCUCGUAAUCCUCAAAUUAAUAUGAAUAGAAGUCUUAUGGGCGUGGUUAACCAUUGUCAUACAAAGGCGGGAACCAGACUUUUAAGAGCAAACAUCUUACAACCCUAUUUUUCAUUAUCUAAAAUUCAAAAUAGAUUGAAUUGCGUCGACGAAUUGGUUUCAAAUCAAAUUUUUUUUUCUGGGCUCGAGGCUGCCAUUAGAAAUUUUACAAACUUUGAAGAAUUACUUAAUCUAUGCAUGUAUUCGCCAAGACAAGAUGGAUUAAGAAUAGCAGAAUAUCAAUUGAAAUAUGCAUUACAUUUAAAAACUGUAUUAGAAGCUUUGCCGAAAUUAACGGCCUCAUUGGAAGUGGGAAAAUCCGAAUAUUUUAAAAAAGCAUUAAAAGAACUACAAGAUUAUAGAUAUGAUAAAAUUCUUUGCAGAGUGAUUGAAACAGUUUCAGAAAACACGAGAUCGGUUAAAAAUUCAAUUGCAUCACAUUUACAUGGAUGUUUUGCUAUUAAAUCAGGAGUUAACAGUUUAUUAGAUCUUGCGAAAAAAACUUAUUGCGAAAUUGUUCAAGAAAUAACAGAUUAUGUGGCAACGCUAAGAGAUAAUUACAAUUUGCCUUUAAAAGUUGCUUUUUCUUCAAACAAUGGAUUUCAUAUUCAAUGCAUUUUACCACCGUCGGAACAUUCGAUGAAACCGACAAAUCUUCCAAAAGAAUUUAUUCUUGUAAAAAAAUCUAAAACAAAAUUUAAUUUUUACACAUCGAAAUUAGUGGCUUUGGAUCAGAGAAGUCAACACGUUUUAAACGAAAUUAAAUUGAUGACCAACGCGAUAGUUUUUGAAAUGUUGAACGAUAUCAGAGAAGAUAUAGGUUGUUUGUUCAAUUUAAGUGAAAUAAUUGCAGAACUCGAUGUUGUUAUAUCUUUUGCCAGAAUAAGUUCAGUGAAAAAUUAUGUAAAACCGAAAUUCGGAAAUGAACUUGAUCUCAAAGAAUCGAGGCAUCCAAUAUUAGAUAGUAUUCAAGAUGGAAACGUGACCCCGAACGACGUGAUGGCCAAACCAGGAAAAAAUUUUACAAUUUUAACAGGACCGAAUCAAAGCGGAAAAUCAAUUUACGUUCGACAAAUUGCUCUCCUACAAAUAAUGGCUCAGAUCGGAUGUUUCGUUCCAGCUAAAAGUGCUUCUUUUAAACCGAUGAAUAAAAUUUUUUCCAGGCUCGGUUUUGACGAUGAUUUAGAAACUAAUGCUUCCACAUUGAUUGCCGAGAUGCGAGAAAUCGAAUACAUUAUGCGUAAUAUGACGUCUUCAUCCAUGAUAAUAAUUGACGAAUUAUGUAGAGGAACAUCCGUAAAUGAAGGUACGAAUUUGGCAUUCGCCAUUUGCGAACAAUUAUUGGAUUCUCAAGCAUUUAUUUUUUGCACUACUCAUUAUGAACUACUCACAAAACUAGAAGAAAUGUAUCCGACGGUCACAAAUUAUCAUUUCGAAAUGGAAUUUGAAAAUAAUGAAAAAAAUGAUACAUUGACAACGACUUUUACGCACGUUUUAAAAACGGGGCCCUCGAAUGCAAAAGGUUAUGGAUUACAAGUCACGGAAUUUCUUACAUCUUUUCCAAAAGAAGUUUAUGAAAAAGCCAAAGAAAUAUCUUUGAAUCUCUAUAAAGCUCCAAAGAAAUAA